AUGGAGGAAGUCUACGCCGCCCUCGACGGCGACAACAUCCUGCCCAAGCUCGCGUCGCAGCUCUCCCGUCACCUCGUCUUCCCCUUGAUCGAGUUCGAGGCCGGCCGUGCCGAGGAGAAGGGCGACGACGACAAGGCGCGCAAGAUCCUCGCCGGCAAGAUCAAGCUGCUCGAGGACACCAACAUGGCCGACUACGUCGCCCAGCUGUACCAGGACCUCAACGGCGGCAGCGAGCCCCCCGCCGAGUACACCAAGAAGCGCAACGAGGUCAUCGCCCAGCUCGAGAAGUACGAGCAGGACACGGCCAAGAUCUCGGAGCUGCUGACCCGCGAGGACGUCGUCGGCGCGCUGCGCAGCGACAAGGUUGCCAACUUGGAGUUCCUGAAGAAGGACCACGAUGUCACCAUCGAAAUGGUCAACGCGCUCUACGAGUUCGGCCAGUUCCAGUUCCGCUGCGGCAACUACGGCGCCGCCGCCGAGCUCCUCUACCAGUUCCGCGUCCUCUCCACCGACAACGACCGCGUCUCGUCCGCCACCUGGGGUAAGCUCGCCUCCGAGAUCCUCACCACCAACUGGGACGCCUCGGUCGAGGAGAUCCUCAAGGUCAAGGAGGGCAUCGACUCCAAGCUCUUCAACAACCCGCGCGCGCAGCUCGACCACCGCACCAUGCUGGUCCACUGGGCCCUCUUCCCCCUCUUCAACCACGAGGCCGCGCGCGAGCCCAUCCUCGACCUCUUCUUCUCCGCCGCCUACAUCAACACCAUCCAGACCUCGUGCCCCUGGGUCCUCCGCUACGUCAUCGCCGCCGUCAUCACCGGCCGCUCCCGCUCGCGCAACUCGAGCCUGCACCAGAAGCAGAUGAAGGACGUCAUCCGCUACGUCCGCCAGGAGGCCUACGAGUACUCGGACCCCAUCACCGAGUUCGUCUCGGCCCUCUACGUCGCCCACGACUUCAACGCCGCCCGCGAGGCCCUCCGCAAGGCCGAGGAGGUCUGCCGCGCCGACUUCUUCCUCAUGUCCUCCAGCGACGCCUUCGUCGACGCCGCCCGCCACCUCAUCUGCGAGAGCUACUGCAAGAUCUUCAGCCGCAUGAACAUCCGCGACCUCUCCGCCAAGCUCGGCCUCAACCCGGACGACGGCGAGAAGUGGAUCGUCAACCUCAUCCGCGAGACCCGCCUCGACGCCAAGAUCGACUCCCAGGAGGGCACCGUCAUCAUGAACCACCCGCCCAACAACGUCUACCAGCAGGUCAUCGAGAAGACCAAGGGCGGCUUCUUCAGGACCCAGGUCCUCACGGCCGCGGUUUCCAAGUCUUGA